GUCAGACAGUCAUUAUUUGUGUAAUGUAAUGGCGAUUUGUGAACAGUAGUUUCUUCAGAAUACUAUCAUAUUUAAUAACAAAAGUUAUAAAAAUAUACGUGCUACAUAAAUAUCGAGAUUACCAAUAUGCGGUCUGUUGUAGAAAUAGGGGCAAGUGUCCCUGCCUUUUUAGGAAAAUUAUGGAAACUGGUUAACGAUACAGAAAACAAUCACUUAAUUUCCUGGAGCCCCGGAGGAAAAACAUUUGUAAUAAAGAACCAAGCUGACUUUGCUAGGGAAUUACUCCCUUUGUAUUACAAACACAACAAUAUGGCUAGUUUCAUCAGACAAUUGAAUAUGUAUGGAUUCCACAAAAUCACAUCUGUUGAAAACGGUGGACUUCGAUAUGAAAAGGAUGAAAUUGAAUUCUCACAUCCCUGUUUCAUGAGGGGUCAUUCCUACUUACUCGAACACAUAAAGAGAAAAAUUGCCAAUCCAAAGACAAUAGUGACUAGCGGAGAGAGUGGUGAAAAAAUACUCCUAAAACCUGAAUUAAUGAAUAAAGUGUUGACUGAUGUAAAACAAAUGAAAGGGAAACAAGAGAACUUGGACGCUAAGUUUAGUGCAAUGAAACAAGAGAAUGAAGCUCUAUGGAGAGAAGUGGCCAUCCUAAGGCAGAAGCACAUCAAGCAGCAGCAGAUAGUCAAUAAUCUGAUACAAUUCCUGAUGUCCUUAGUUCAACCAGCAAGACCAAACAAUGCAAAUAGUAACAAUGUUGGUGUGAAGCGACCUUACCAGUUGAUGAUAAACAGUGCUGCACACAAUUCUGCCGCCGACGGCUCCCACCCUGGACGGACAAAGAACAUCAAGCUGGAUAAAGACACUUUACUAGAUGAACUGACUGAAGAGAAUUUGGAGGAUGGUCCCACAAUCCAUGAGCUGGCACAUGAUGACAUUUUGCAUUCGGAGAUUGCUCAAGAUUCACUAGACCCUGCCAACUUUGUGACAAUAGAUGUGCCCGCUGAUGCUAAUGUCAACAAUGACUAUAGUCCUAACCCCUCAGGACCUGUUCAAUAUGAAGUUACUAUGGAAGAUGGAGAUGAUUUAGAUACAGAUGGUGUCAGAGUCACAUAUCCAAUAGCCAAAGUCAACCUAUUACGGCCUCAGGAUGUUCAGCCAGUAGUGACAUCACCAUCUCCCACUAUGGUUAAUCCAACAUCACCAUUGGAUCAAUCAAUACUAGAUCAAGUUUUCAUUGAUCCAUCAACUGUGACAACUGCAGGAAAAACAAAAAAGAUGCAAAGGAGUAUUGCUAGGCCGACAAAGAAAAUGUCAUCUGGCAGCAGUUUUAACAACAUAAAUCCUUCUGCUGAUUUGAAAUUACCAGCUGAAAUAUUUGCUGAUGAAGAUUCAGUUGAAAACGGCAUAGCAGCAGAUGAACUCCUGCAGAGUGCACUGCAAAGUGCUGCAUUAGAUGGCGGCAUGUCUACUUCCAAAGACAAAAUGUUUGGUGGCAUCAACAUCAAACUUGAAAAAGCAGAUAAUGCCAAAAUAACAAAGAAGUCAAAGAAAUCGAGUAAGGUCAACAAUACAAACCAGGUGGACCUGGCUGGCAUUAAGACUGAGCUGCAAGAUGACUUGGACUGGGAUAACAUGACUCUUGCUACCGUGAACAACAACAGUGACGUUAAUAGGUUAAACUCCAUGAAUAGGAGAGAUAACAUCAGCAAAAAUCUUGAGGAAUAUACUUCUGUGUUUGGAACAAAUUCAAACAAGAAUGAUAUUGAUGAUCAUUUGGACUCCAUGCAAACUGACAUUGAGUCACUGAGAGAGUUAUUACGGAAUGACAGUUAUGCGUUGGACACCAACACUCUAAUGGGGAUGACUGAUGCAAGGCUAGGAUCUACGAUGUCUUUCGCCAUUCCCUCCGGUCAGCUGCCGGCACACGAUUACCUGUUUGGCUCCGAUGAUCCAUUCUACGGAUUGUCUUAUAACCCCGUUGACGAGCGAGCGAGACCAUCAAACAGUGCAAAGAAGCUGAAAGGUGAGAUAUCGAAUGUGAGCGGGCAGGAGGGCCGUGCCCAGGACGCGUUUCCCGAGGACGAUGCUGAGGGGAAUCAGCUUAUGUCGUAUACAGGGAAUAUUCCUUACUUUGAGGAUAUUAACCUAGAGUUGGCGAGCGAUAACUCUCAAGAGGCGCCGGCGCCGGCGCCGCCGAGCCCGUCUAGCUACACGCUGAACACGCCUCAGGUGCAGCUGGGCUCUCCCGCCUUCCCGCAGAAACCUUGAGCCCCCGCCACUCGGCGUCGCGUAUACCUUAUGAACGGUUGAAGAACGCAAGCGUCGUCUUAAUUCUAACUUGAGGGCCCAGAAACAAAAGCUCCGAGGGGAAGGGAACGUUGACAACUACAGCGUAGAGUGAAGUUGCCCGGAGACUUCCAGGCCGAGGUAUAAGGCUAUGUUUACACGAGGUCUACUCUUACAUUUGAUAGCCGACAGCGCCAUGCUAUCUAAACCAUGUUCGCUAUCGACUGCCGAAUACGGCACUUACGGCACCAGACCUAGUGUCAACGCGCCUUACGCCAAUGGAAAAAGGCUGUAUAUAAAGGCUAAUGUAUGAUGAACAUAGUGAUAUGUCACAAGUGCGAAUUGUAUCUAAUGCAAUGUCGCACUACUGCGUGUGAGCCUUGCCGUGUCCUUUUAAAUAUUCGUUUGUGUAUAUACUUUAUUUGAUCGGCUAAGUGCAACACCAUAAUAAC